CAGGAUGGGGCGGGCCCGGCUGUGUUCUCUCCUUUUCCUCCCCCUCGUGUUCUUCGUAGUGCCCGUCCUCGCGUUUAAAUUAAACGUGCCCAAAGCGUUACUGCCCUUCAGUCGGGAGCUGCGGGUCCCUUUUGUGCUGGAGGCUGAGGGGGGCUGUUACUCCUGGUAUUCCACGCAUAACGAUAUAGUCACUGUUGAGUCCAUUUAUGAGAAUGGUACCAUUUGUUCCCAAAAAGCGUUGCUCUCUGCUCGGUCUUCACAAGCUACAAAGCUAAGCAGUGUUGUGAUAGCUGAGGAACGUGUGACAGGCCAUUUACUCCGCUGUGAUGUUAUUGUUGAUGUGAUAAACAGUAUUGAAAUUGUCUCCCGAACUCGGGAAAUCUAUGUGGAAGAUUCUCCUCUGGAGUUGGCUGUGAGAGCUCUGGAUGUUGAAGGAAACACAUUCAGUAGCUUGUCAGGAAUGACUUUUGAAUGGAGCAUUGCAAAGGAUGAUGACAUCGAAAGUUUAGAACUGUCAAACAAAGUAAGCAUUUUAAAAUACUCGGAAGCUGACUACUCUCCACCAGACUACAUAGUUGAGAUGGAAAAAGCAGAAAAACAAGGAGACAGGAUUCUGGUGUCAGGAAUCAAAACUGGUGCAGCAGUCAUAAAAGUCCGAAUGCAAGAAUCAACCUACAAGAAAGUGGCUGCUGCCUCGAUACGUUUGCUGGUUCUAGAGAAUAUACUCCUGAUACCGUCUCACGAUGUUUACCUCCUGGUUGGAGCAUAUAUAAAAUACCAAGUAGCAAAACUGGUCCGGGGGAAGAUGACAGAUUUAGAAUUUCCUCUUGAACAUUACGACCUUGAACUUCGCGAUCAAGUAAUUGGGCCUGGUGGCUCUGACCUUCUGCCGGUGGUCAGCCUGGAGGUGAAGACAGCCAUUGUGAGAGCAGUGCAGUUAGGACAGAGCACUCUUGCCUUUGUUCAUAAAAAUGCUCACAUGCAAGCUGUAUCUGGACUUCCUAAUUCCACUAUCUAUGUCGUAGAAGCUGGAUUUUUAGGUUUCACUGUCUAUCCAGGAGACAGAUGGAUCCUGGAAGUGCAGCGAGAGUAUGUGAUCACUGUAGAAGUUUAUGAUAGAGACAGCACUAAAGUUUAUUUAUCUGAUAAUCUCCGAAUAAUUCACCACUUCUCUAAGGUGUAUUUUGAAGAGCUAAUAUCUUCUCGUAAUGGGUCUUACCAUAUAGUUCAAGUCCUAAAAGAUGGCAUCACAGGGAUAAAAGCUGAAUUGGUUUCUGUUCUUCAACAGGAUGGCUCUCAGGCUUACUUACCUGUACCAGUCAGCCACGAACAGGAGGUGAAGAUUUACCUUCCCAUCAAACUGUCACCUUCUCUCCUUGCGUUUCCACACCAUCCCACGGAUGUCCUGUAUCGAUACAACCUUCAGGUAGAAGGAGGCAGUGGCAAUUUCUCAUGGAUUUCCUCCAACCAGACUGUGGUCACGGUCACCAUAAAAGGCGUAGUGACCGGAGGCUUGGCCCAGGGGCACUGCACUGUGCAGGCCAGAGAUGUACAGAACCCCUUUCAUUACGGAGAAAUACAGGGAAGUCUCUUUUCUGGGCAGAUUAUUGUGUAUGUGGAACAGCUGGCAAAGGUGGAACUUUUGCCGUUUCGUGCAGACAUUGAGAUUGGCCAAAUUUUGGAAGCUCCUCUCAAGAUGUAUUUCACGGAGAGGGAAACAAGGCAGAACAUUGCUUUCACUGAUUGUUCCCUCUUACCUUUGGAUAUAAGCAUGGAAAAGCAAGGAGUAUUUGCCCUUGCUGAAGAAGGUAAUCAGAAGCCUGGACAGACAUUCUGCUCCAGCUUCCAGUUAGAAGCAAAGUCUGUGGGACAUACGUUACUGACAGCAAGCAUUACUGUACACCAAGAGCAUUUUGAAACAAGUGCAGUGUUUGCUGCUUAUGAACCUCUCAAGGCUGUCAACCCAGUAGAGAUGGCUUUAGUGACCUGGCAAGCAGCAAAGGAGAUGGUAUUUGAAGGUGGGCCAGGACCGUGGGUUUUGGAACCAUCUCGUUUCUUUUCGGAACUAACUGUGGAGCAUAAAGAGAAAAUUGAAGUUGUACAAGUCCGAUUUCCAACCAAAAGGAAGCUGAACCAGUACGUGUAUCAGGUUGUAUGCCUGCAGCUGGGGGAGCAGGUGCUCACGUUCCAAGUAGGUAACCGGCCAGGGCUCCUGAACCCUGCUCCUGCCGUGGAGGCGAUCCAGGUGACCUUCAUCUGUGCUCAUCCCGCCAGUAUGUCUGUGACCCCCAUGUAUGAAGCAGCUACUGGUAUCCAACCUUGUCCAUUGCCGCAGCAGAGCAAACAGCUAAUCCCCGUAUCCAGUGUGAGGAGUACGGUUCUGGAGCUAGCUGUGUUUGAUCAUCAGCGGCGGAAGUUUGACAACUUCAGUUCUCUGGUGCUCGAGUGGAAAUCGUUCAAUGAAACCCUUGCGCACUUUUCUGAUGCUAGAACCGUGAAGAUGGUAGCGAAGGAUGAUGGGACUGGGCAGACCCAGCUGCACGGACAUCAGCUUCUAGAAGUGCACCAAAUUAAAGGUACUGUUUUUGUUGGAGUCAGCUUUGUGAAGUACACAAUACAAGGUGGCCCAAAAGAAGUGUCUAACUUGCUUACCUCUGCUUCUGUGGAGUUUUUAUUGGUAGAGGAUGUGACUGUUGUGCCAGAUAAUGCCACUAUAUAUAAUCAUCCUGCUGUGAAGGAGCUAUUUGAUCUAGUGGAAGGAUCUGGAUACUUUCUGGUCAACAGCAGUGAGGGUGGAAUAGUAAACAUGAAGUAUCGGGAGGCAGAAAGUGCCAUCGAGGUCACCCCUCUGCAGCCUGGAUUUUUAAGCCUGGAAAUUUAUGAUCUCUGUUUGGCAUUGUUGGAACCGGUUACUGCCUAUCUGCAUGUGUCUGACAUGUAUGAGGUGGAAGUGGAUCUCACUGAUAAGCUUGAGAUUGGCAAAUCUGUCAUUGUUACUGUUCAAGUCCUGGGUUUUCAGCGACUUCCCUUGCAGAGUAAAUACUUCAAGUACAUGAAGCUGGAGCUGCAAGCAGCAUCACCUAUUGUUACACUUGCGCAAAUGAAAGAAGUGGGAGAAUAUUCUGAACUGCACGUACUUCAGGCUGUUGCCGCAGGCCAGACUACUUUGGUAGCUACAGCCUGGGACAAGAUGGGAAGAAGAAUUACUUCUGCUCCUCGGAAAGUUGAGGUCUUUCCUCCAUUUAAACUGAUUCCAAAGAAAAUUACUCUUAUUCCACACAACAUGGUGCAAGUGAUGUCAGAAGGUGGUCCCCAGCCGCAGUCCAGCAUCCACUUCUCUGUCACUAACUCCUCCGUCGCUGAGGUUAACCGACUUGGACAAGUCACGGCAAGAACAGUAGGAACAACCACGAUACAAGGCGCUAUCCGGGUGGUUAGUGAAGACACGGGAGGAGUUACUGUUUUUCCACAGGAUCAAAUGGAAUUAGAAGUAGUUCAGUUAAAAGCAGUAAGAAUUCAUGUACCUGCUACAAGACUUAUAACAGGCACCGAGAUGCCAGUCUUCGUCGUGGGGCUGAACAACAUGCUGACUCCAUUUUCCUUCAGUAAUGCUAACCCAGAACUGCGAUUUCAGUGGUCAGUGAGCAAAAGAGAUGUUCUAGACCUUCUUCCUCGACACAUGAAGGUUUCCAUCCAGCUCCAGUCAGACAAUAAUGUUGCCAUGGUUGUGCACACAAAAUCAGCAGGUAGAACCAGUAUUAAGGUGAUGGUGCAGUGUCUGAAUGCAUCUGCUGGGCAGUUUGAAGGAAACGUGACCGAACUAUCAGAUGAAGUGCAAAUCCUGGUAUUUGAUAAGCUGUCACUAUUCUCUCCCUCGUUUUCCACUGAGCAAAUUUUAAUGUCCACGAAUUCUCAACUCAAGCUGUACACAAACAGGGAAGGGGCUGCAUUUGUGAGCUUCCAAAUCUUGCAGUGUUACCCCAACUCUUCCAUCCUCGAGGAACACGAUCAAGGUGUCCUGAGAGCUGGACCCAUCACAGGCAUUGCAGUGUUGGAAGUGACUUCUCUAGAGCUCUUUGGAGUCAAUCAGACAACCGUAAUGGGCAUCCGGGUUGCACCCAUUUCCUAUUUAAGGAUAAACAUUAGUCCCAAAAUCUACACAGCUGGUGGCAUGUCCUUGGCUACAUUUCCCCUGGGGAUGUCCUUAACCAUUACAGUUGAGUUCUACAACAGCAUCGGGGAGAAGUUCCAUGCCCAGAACGCCCAGCUGCGCUUAUCUGUGAACAGAGAUGACUUGCUACUCAUUAGACCUGCAAAUAAGAAUCACACGUACAUUGCUCAGGCUGUGAACAGAGGAGUGACGCUCUUGACUGUGCAGGACGAGAGGCACCCAGGCGUGGCUGACUACAUCCCAGUGCCUGUGGAACCUGCCAUCAAGCCAGAUCUCUCAAAGCCUGUGGCAGUAGGAGAUGUAAUCUGUUUCAGCUCACCCCUCGUAAACCAAGAAGGUUUGUACGCGUUUUUCUGUAGCCUCUGA